CAGCUUUUACGUUUCCAACUUCAUCACAUGGUGUAGAAUCUUCCCCUUUCAAGACAAAAUUACAAAUUUCCAUGCUCUGAAAAUUAUCUCAUUUUUCUCUCACUCGCAUUGUAUAGCAUUGCAUGAUCCUUUCCUUCUCCGUGUAAACUCUAAACUAUUAUACUACGUUUGCAAUUUCAAUUCGAGACUCUGUUUCUUGGUUCCAAAUUCAAUCCCUUUGCUCAAAUGGCUCAAUUUACCCCCUCAGGUAAAUCUGAUGAUUGCGUGACGGAAGGAUGCGAUGAAACAAGUGGACUGGUUGUUUGUUUUGGUGAGUUGUUGAUAGAUUUCGUGCCAACGGUGGGUGGAGUGUCUCUAGCUGAAGCGCCUGCUUUCAAGAAAGCUCCUGGGGGUGCUCCUGCGAAUGUUGCAGUUGGCAUCUCUAGGUUGGGGGGUUCGUCUGCAUUUAUAGGCAAGGUUGGAGCAGAUGAAUUUGGUUAUAUGUUAGCCGAUAUUUUAAAGCAAAAUAAGGUUGAUACAUCUGGCAUGCGGUAUGAUUCUGUUGCAAGAACUGCAUUGGCUUUUGUUACACUUAGAGCUGACGGCGAGCGGGAGUUCUUGUUUUUCCGAAAUCCCAGUGCUGAUAUGCUUCUGCGUGAGUCCGAGCUUGAUUACAACCUCAUUGAGAAGGCUAAAAUAUUCCAUUAUGGUUCCAUCAGUUUGAUUGACGAGCCAAUCAAAUCAGCUCAUCUUGCUGCCUUGAGAAUUGCUAGAGACUCUGAUUGCAUUCUCUCGUAUGACCCGAAUUUGAGAUUAGCACUAUGGCCGUCAGCCGAGGCUGCUCGUGAUGGUAUAAUGAGCAUAUGGGAUCUAGCCGAUGUCAUAAAGGUCAGCGAAGAUGAGAUUACUUUUUUGACUGGCAGUGAUGAUCCUUACGACGAUAAUGUUGUAUUAAACAAGCUUUUUCAUCCUAAUCUCAAGCUUCUAAUUGUUACCGAAGGGUCAGAGGGUUGUAGAUAUUACACCAAGGAUUUUAAGGGAAAAGUCGGAGGUGUAAAAGUUAAACCCGUUGACACAACUGGUGCUGGCGACGCGUUUGUUAGUGGGAUUCUCUAUAAGAUAGCUUCUGACCCAAGUAUUUUCAAGGACGAGAAACGUCUCCAAAAAGCGCUAUAUUUCGCCAAUGUAUGUGGGGCAAUCACGGUGACAGAUAGAGGGGCAAUUCCUGCACUACCUACAAAAGAUGCUGUCAUGCAGUUCAAUGCAAAAUAGCAACACUAUUAACAGUUCUUCUGUUAUAAAAUGUAGUGUUUGUUUUUUAAGCUAUAGUUUGGGUAACGCUGAGCUUGUUUUGUAUCAUUGUUGUUGAUGCUGUAUUUUUUCUGUUAUAUAAUAAGUUCAAUUUGAGUUGCUGUCACAAGCUAUGGCUUAUAGUUAUACAUAGCAGCUGAGCACACAGAUUAGGGUUCAGAAUCAGAUUAAGAUCUGUGAUAAAUCAAAUGUGUACAAUAUAGAAAAUUGAAGAAAUGAUAAAUAUCUUUGUUCUUUUUUGUAAAAUACACAGAUUUGGAUAAUGAUAUGAAGUUCACAUGAAUCA